AAAAACAACACAAGAUUGCAGUCGGUAUGGAAAGCUUUGCAAGAAAUAGUACUUUGCACUACAAGGAUGUGAAAAUCCCAGCGCCUUGGGGUUAUAUUUCCGGACGCUGGUAUGGAAAUCGAGCGGAAAGGCCCAUUCUGGCCAUCCACGGCUGGAUGGAUAACCUGGGCACCUUUGAACGCCUGAUCCCCCUGAUCUCAGACUGCGUGGGAGUGCUCUGCAUCGAUCUGCCGGGUCACGGAAGGUCAUCCCGCCUGCCAUCUGGGAUCUGUUACAGUGUCUACGACUAUGUCUACAUCAUACCCAUGGUAAUGAAGGAGUUCGGAUGGACGACGGUCUCCCUUAUGGGACACUCUUUGGGUGGCGUCAUGAGCUUCAUGUAUGCGAGUAUGGCUCCGGACACCGUGGACCUGAUCAUCUCGCUGGAUGUCCUGCUACCUCGGAGAGUCACUAAUCCCAGCAAGAUAACACAAGACAUCGAAAAAUGUCUGGCGGAGGAGAGACGACAGGUGGACGCCGCACAGGAGCCACCAUCCUUUACCCUCAACCAGCUUCGAGUGGCGCUCGACAAGGGCAGCAACCACUCGGUGCCCCUGAAGUUGGCUGAUCAUAUGCUCCAUCGCCAGGUCGCCAAGUCCCAAAUAUACCCGGACAAGCUCUUCUUCUCGAGGGACGGCCGCGUCAAAUUCUACCACAUAUUCGACAUCGAGCCUGGGCUGGCCGCGGAGAUGGCCAAACGCAUUCGAAGGAAACCCUACCUCAUCAUCAAGGGAGGACUCUCGCCGUUUGUGGGGCACAACUGCGAUGAGGCCAUGUCUAUUCUGUCGCAGGACAAUCCAAAUUUCCACUUCUACGAGGUGAAAGGCGCCAGUCACCACGUUCAGCUCCAGGCGCCCGAAGAAUGCGCCCAAUACAUAGCACCCUUCAUUCGGAGUCACCGCUCUGCGACAAAUAGAAUCAUCAGGAAUAGUGAAAUUACAAAAAGUAAACUGUGA